AGUGAUGCAACCUGAAAUAUUGAAUUAAUUGCAAUGUUUAGAUGUGGAACUAUCUGUAUUUAGUUUAUAAACUAAUUAAUAAGUAGAGGUCAUUUCUGGUCAUUAAGCCCCUAUCACUUCAUUAUAAUUUAUAUAAGCAGAGGAAAAAGUAUUAUUAGUUUCAGGUUCUUGGGAUAAAACCAUUAGAAUUCAUGAUCUUUAUGCAAGAGGAAUGAAGGAAGGAAGUGGAGGAGAUUCAAUGUUACAUAAUAGUGAAGUCACUGCUCUUGCAGCUAGAGAUAAUUAAAUUGCUGUAGCUACUAUGGGAGGUGAAUUAGUACAAGAGAAGAAGGUAAGAUAAUGAAUAAUUG